AUGAGGCAGCUGCUCCGCAAGGCCGCCUUCAUCCCUGCGUUUCUGCGCAAGGACGUCUGGAGGUUGCUCAUCCUCGGUAGAGUCGAAGCAGGAGGAGGCAAAGACGCGGAGGGCGAUGUUACUGCGCUCGACGCCGCGAUUUUGUCGACAGAUCUCGACCUGGAGAAUCAACGGGUAGUGCGGGUUGACGUCGAGAGAACGAGGCCCGCACUGGACCAGUUCAAGAGACCGAGGGUGAAGAACCUGCUGGCGAGGAUCCUCACGUACCACUGCAAGACGCACGGCUUGGGGUAUAAGCAGGGCAUGCACGAGGUUCUGGCGCCGUUCGUCGCCCUCUCUGAUCCCGAGCUGCCGACUUCGGACAUCUCUUUGUGCUACAGCGCCUUCCUCAGGCGCUUCCUCCCCUACGCCUUCAACCAAGACGAGGAGUUCCUCUCGUUGCAGAUCUGCUUCAGGCUUUUCCGCCUGCUGCUCCUGUAUCACCACCCCCGGCUGUGCCGGUUUCUGGACCAGUACCAGCUGCAGCCGGAGCUUUACGCGACGCCUUGGUUCAUGACCCUGUUUUCGAAUAGCUUGGACCUCCCGAGGCUCUACGAGGUUUGGGAUUUCUACCUGUACUGGGGAGACCCGGCGUUGCAUCACUUCGUCGUGCUGGCCUUCGUAAUCGGAAACGCCGAGGCUAUCUUGAAGGCGGAAGAGGCCAACCUCCCGGAGACAAUGUGCAGGCUGACAGAUGGUAUGCGGUCCGUCGAGGAGGUGCGGGCGCUCAUGCGCACGGCGAAGGACCUGAUGCUCAACACCCCCAAGUCGUUCAGGAAGAUCCUGCGGUCUGCGCUCUACGCGAACCUCAGUCAGAGCCAGAUGAACCUGGUCCUCAACACCCUCCAGGUGUCCUCCUGCAUCCCGGUGUCGGCGGAGGAGAUCACGAGCUACAUUCUCCACAAGAACCCGCAUCGGCAGCUAGACCAAGAUUCAGACGGCGACGAGGAGUCCGUUCUCGACGAUGCCAUCGCCAGCGCCAGCGGGGCCGCUAGCGACGCCGCCACCGGCCGUAGAGACUGCAACGGCGGUGGCGGCGGCGACGGUAGCCACUCCCUCAAGUCUCCGAGAAACGGCGGGGGGGGGACGGGCGGCGGCGGUCCUGGCAGAGCGUCGCCGAGCCCGCAGAGGCGAGCGGAGCGGGCGGCAAUGCGGUCGCUCCGAGUGCACCGGCAGUACAUCAUCCUGGACUGCCGGCCGCGGGGGGAGUUCGAGUCGUGCCGCCUCGCGCCAGCGCUGCACCUCGACCCGGACCUGCUCACAUCGCCCGAGAAGCUGGACGCUAAGCUCAAGGAGUUCAUGCCCCUUCAGGGCGUGGCGCACUUCUGCCUGGUUGGGGCCGGGGAUGACGACAUGGCGGCCGUCGGGCAGAGGAAGAACACCUCGUCGGACCUUAGCGGGGAGGCCAUGGGCCUGAGGACGGUGUCGAACAGCAAGUCGGACUCUCCCGGCCGAGCCGGCCUGGUGGGCGAGACCGGCUUCCUCGCCGAUCGCGGGGGGAGCGGGGACAUGUUUUCGAAGCCGGAGGGGGGGUUCGGUCGAGAUAGCAACAGCAAGGAGGGCGGGUUCUUUGGAGGGUUUUCGAGGGCGUUGUCGCGUGGGUACGGGCACGCGGCGGCUGCGAGUAAGGACGGGGAGGAGGAGAUAGGGAGGGAGGAGGACGUGCAGGUCACGCGGCUGGUGCUCAUGCUGCUGCAGUACAACUUCCCCUUCAUCAGCCACGUGCGGGGCGACAUGGCGGCCAUAUUGGAGGAGCUGAGUGCCCAGGCCCUCGCCGAGAAGGAGGGCCAGCACGCCGAUAACGGUGACUUCCACGAGACGCUGCACGGGGCACUCAUAGGCGCGGAUUCAGACAGGGUGCGCGAACAGCUGAUGCACAUCAGCCCGGAGAAGACGACCAAAGGCCUGUUCGCGGGCUUGUCGAAGUGGUCCAAGAAGGAUGACAAGGGGGCCUCCGCCUUGUACGCCUCCAGGGGGGGAGGGCUCGGCAGCGCGACCGCGGGGAGCAAGGGUGGCAAGGACGGCGUCGUAGUGCUACCGCCAGUUGUUGCGCGAAAGUCGGCGACAGUGGUGGGUGGGGGUUUCGCAUGUGGUGCUGCCGCCAUGCAUCACUCGUUUCUCUCUUCCCCCCCACUAGCAGCUGACGGCGAUGAUCCGGCAUCGCUGGCUAAGAAAAACGCGGACGCUACAGCAGCACCAUCGCGGGGGAGAGGAGGCUUGGGUCGGAGGGACACGGAAGACUUCUACAUGGUGACGAAGCCGCAAGACCAUUCCCCCGCCGCGGAGAGGAAGUCUUCGAAGCGCCGCCUGUUCGGGGGCGUGAUGGACCGGUUCGACAACAACAACAACGCUCGCACGGAUGGCGAUGCCGCGUCGUCGUCGUCGCUGGCUGGCGCAGCGCGAAAACAGCCGUGGCUCCUCUCCCCCGGCCGCUCCUCCCGAGAGGCGAGGCAGGAGGCUCCCGGCCGCGAGCCGGCGGCGGCGGCGGCGGCUGCGCCUUCCUCUGUCCUCGAGGCAUCGGCGGCGGCGGAAGGGAAGCCGAAGAAGGCGACGGCGACGGCGACGUGGACGAAGCCGGCGGCCAGGAAGAGGGACACGCCGGACCGGCUGGCGAACUUCUUCGGCAAGAUUCUCGGGGUGAAGGACGACGCCCUGCCGGACAGGCCGAUCGACUUGCCGCCCGGCGGCGGAGCUGCGGACGAAGCGACGAGGGCGCGGAGCCCUACCGCCCCCGGCGUUGCUGCUGCAGGAGCAACCGGGGCGCCGUCGAGUGGGGAACCACGGGCAAGCGAGAGCUUGGUCUCUUCUUCUGAUGCUGCUGCUGGCAGCGGAGCGCCGGCGCCGGCGCCGGCGGCUGCAAGCACUGCCGAGACCCCGCUCGCCACGGCUGUAUACUCGGCCACGACCGUCUCCGCGGCCACCGCGGACGCCAUGCCCGUCGCCGUCGCCGUUGCUGUCCCUCUGUCGGACCCCGCGGCGCCGGCUCGCCGGCCGUCCCGCAGCAGCAGGACGCACAGGACGGGGACGGCGGCGGCAGCGGGGGGCAGCAGAUCGGAGGGCGAGGUGGUUCUCGUAGCGGGGACCGGGAGAGUGGUCUCAAUCCGGGACUGGAUAGCCAAGGAGGAGAGGGAGAAUGGGGGCGCCGUGAGGGUGUUCUCGGCGCAGCGCGUGCUCGACGGCAAGGUGCAGAAGAAGUGCCGGUUGGCCGUCUCCCGGAAGAGCUUGACCCAGUUUGACGAUGUCCAGGACGGAGAUAGCGGCGCGACCGCUGCCGGUGGUGGCCCACGAGGGGUAGUCACGGAGCACCGCGGCCUCCGACACCUCGCUCGAAUCACCUCCCGCAAGAAGCACGCCGAUCUCAUCGUGUUCCACUUCAAGUCUCGGUCAGGGAGUGGGGCCUCGGCGACAGGGACGGCGGCGGCGGCGGCGGCGACAGCGUCAGCAGCGGCAAGCUCUAGCUCGAGGCGAUCGCGGUCGUCGUCGGACAGCAAGUCAAACCCUGACAUCCUCUUCUAUUUCAUGAAGGACCACGCGGACUGCCUCCGGAUGGUCAAGGAGAACUACCGCAAGAUCACCCAGGGCGACGCCUCCUCCUCCUCCUCCUCCAGAUCUUCGUCGACGGCAACGGCGGCGUCUCGGAGAAACCCGGGGGCCGAGCCUUCCGACGACCCCAACCGGCGGCACGGCCGCCAGACGGCGAAAGCGGUGGCGGGGGCCGCCGCCGGAGCGGGGAUGCUGGUGGUCGGCGCCGCCGGGGCGGGGAUGGCGGUGGCCGGCGCCGCGGGGGUCGCCGUUGGAGCGGCGUUUGCAGCCGGAGUGGCGGCGGGGGCCAGCCGAAAGGACGGCGGCCACGAGGAGAGGGAGCCGAGGGGGGGGAGCGAGGGCGCCGCGGCCGCGGGGCUGAGCGGCGAGAAACCGGAGCGGCGACGUUCCGGGGGAUGGAUACCUAUUGACGCGCCGGGGGAAGAGCGGCGAGGGAGUGACCACGGCGGCGGCGGGCGGCGCCCGCCAUCAUCCGUGUCCCGGCGCGCUAGCUUUAGCAAAACCACUGGUGGUAUCGGGAGGGGCCACGGUGGCAGUAGUAGUAGUCGGAGCACGCGGGGCGCGUCGAGCAAGAAUCGAAGCGGGAACGACACGGAUGGUCCGUCAUGGCUUGGUCGAAAAUAACGGCGUGUUUUCGUCGCCGCCGCUGCCGCCGGUGGGGGGCCGACAAAUUACAGUUUUUAAAGUGUAAGGGAUGUGUGUUAGACGCGGGGGUGUGCUGAUGUAAAUGUUUUGGGGGGUGGCGCCCGCCUAAUUUUUUUUUGUGGAGUGUGGCGUGGAAAUAGCUGGUUGGUCUCUUGGUAUCUGUUGUUAUUAAUGAUUUUAAUAUGUUUGUUCGUUUGACGGUACGGUGCCUCACAUUCCGUGUCACCCGCCGUUCGUUCUGCUGGCGGAGCGGCUGCAGCAGCAGCAGCAAUACCAGCAGCGGGCUGCUGCACUUGCAGGCCUGUCGUUUGUUUUUUUCCGUGCUUGGUGUGUUUGUGUGUUUGCGCUUUUCUCAGACGAACAGGAGACGCUUGAUCCCUUUACGAGCGCCUGUCUCCCCACGCUAAAACAAGGCAGGCAUCAAGUUGCCGUUGACGCGUACCGUGGGAAGGUUUCGAAGAAUAACAGACACAAACCUACUUGAUGAUUGGUUAAAAUAUCGAUGACGGACUGUGAUUGCGCCGAGCGCGCUGCAGGUGCCCAGGAGGCGUUGUUACUCGCCUUCCUGCGCCUGAAAAGGGUUGCCUGUAGGUGCGAUGUACUUGGGUGCGGCGAUUUUUUUGUUUUUUGGUUCAGUCGCUUGUGUGUUGUCGAAGAUUAAGAAAAAAUCAUUUGCAAUGCCACGCGUGUGGCUGUCAGGCCGUGUGACUCCCGAGCUCAUGAUACGCCCGAAACGUAUCGAAAGGUGUGAGCCGACGUCUAGGUAGACAGGACGCGCAGGCGCGCAAGAAAGGGUGGUUUGUCUAGCUUUCGCCGUUGCAGAGAAAGCCCUUGCAAAAAACGUCGUGGUUGAUUUUGUACACCCGCCCCCCGGGUGUGCGAGAGUGCGCAACUUGAUUUUAAAGAGGAUGGCCCACUCUACACUCAAGUGGCCGAAACUGUCUGUGGCCAAAAGCAAGUGCUGUCCACACCGAAAGCGUCCUCAGAUUCGUUUCGCCGAUUUCUUCUAGCCGCAAAAGGAACUGAAUCCCUUUUGUAAAAGGGGCUUCAGAAUAGAUGAGAAGACAAGGAAGUUUCUUUUGGAACGGGUAGAUCACGACAGCAGGAAGGAGCGAGGCCGCCGUAGAAACGAUCAGGAAUAAUAGCCGAGCUCACGCUUUGCUCGAUCGAAGACAUCAACUUACUGCCGCCACGCCAUCUGCCGGGGGUGGGAGAUGUCUUGUAACUCUCGCAUACUCAACUUAUCAUGCGGUCGCCUUUAGCUAGCUGCGCAUGUGGUUGGACUGCUGUAAUCUUUCGAGGUUCGCAACUCAAUAAAGUAUGGUGCUCCUGUCGGCGUCGUAGGCGCUCAGUCGAAGCAGUACGAAGAAUCUGUGUAUUUUGCGUGUGUGACUACUGUAUCGUAUGCAUGCAAGGCUGAUACAAAAAUGCCGCAGUGGCAGCACAUAUGUACAUGCUUACUACGGGCGCCAGUUUGUGGUUCAGGUUCCGCACUAGUUUUGCGGGGACCACACGCACAAAAAAACGACUAGGAGAAAUCUAUCCUAUGCAGUAAUCAGCGUAUCUUCGCCGUACGCAUACAACCGGUCGCCACUUCUUACCCCCGCAUUGAGGCGAGCCUCGCCACCAAACACAGCAAGAAAAUCCCCGACGCUUCGUCAGCUAAAAAAAAAAGCGAUUGAUCAUAUGUUUUCCUACAGCAACCAAACAGCGGAGAGCAUUCGUUCACUCAUGGACACACGUGCCAUCCAAACCUGUAUAUAUUGCCUGCCCUGAGAUGGGCAAGUCGGUACCGCCGCACCGUGUUUUACGUUCGCCACCCACGGCUACUACCCUGUCCUAUGCAUACUGUAAUACUACGCGAAAAAUGUGGGGGCUCUGAGAACCCCCCCACUUUCUUCCAGCUCUAACGUACCAUGCAUGAGUGGAGCAAAGAACACACCAAGAGAGCGGUGUCGCCGUAAGGGGCAGCGAAGGGGCUUACGAAGCGGAGCACCGCCUGCGAUCGGAAAAAAACAUGUUGAUACUAUACAACAAUAGACACACGUACGUGUGUUUCCAAGAUGCGACUACAUACGUAAAACCAACCGAAGCCGGUCGCUUGCCUUGCACAAAACGGAGCAACAAAUCAACCGGCCGCACGACCAAGCACACAGACGUAGCCCACGGCUCCUACUUUCUACGCGUAGUACAUACCACAAUCUAUAUAUACCAGGUAAAAAUUCGUAUAUACAGCCGUGUUGAGUGAGCGGCAUCACGGUCCGGUCCUCCAACUGCACUGCUCCUUUCUUUUUCUUCAAUCCACAUCGUGCACAAUGAAACAUGGAAAGGGCGACGCAACUACAGCGACGCAACACGAACGCACGGGCGCCAAACCCGAACAAACACGGGUCGCACCGGCUGUAGAUUUUUGAGUUCGUGGAGCCUGGCGGUGGCCAAGCAAAAACAAAACAAAACGGCAGACCAGAGAGAGAGAGAGAGAGAGAGAGAGAGAGGGAGGGAGGGAGGUGGACGUCUCAUCUCACCUGCCAGGGCUCCUACGACUAGACUACGCGGUACGAGCCAUUACACCGGAGCGCCACCGCUAACCCCCAAAGUCAGACCGCAUGUGCUUCGAGCACUGGUAGGGACAAGCAGCAGCCCGCCGCCGCUGCCCAAGAGUAUUGCAAACACCACGCCAAAAAAAAAAAUCGAGAAGAGAUAGAGCAGGCACGAACUUGGAAUCUGUAACGCUGACUGCCAAAACGUGCGAGUCAUCGCACAACCCGGUGUGAAUAGACCGACUGUUCAAAGCUCGAUUGCUCCACCACAAGGAGGGUUGAAGAACCCUACCGUUAGAUCCAAGAAAUCUCUUGAUCGAAUGCUUCCUGUUCGGCGUGUUUUACCUCUUCGUUGUGGAGCAAUCGAGCUAUGACAAGUCGGUCCAGGAUGUGUUUGCGCAAUGACUCGCACUUUAGGGUACGUCUCCGACGAGAAAGGGUACACAAGAAAGGCCAGGGUCGCGAUCCGAUCGCCUGCCCGGCCCGCCUACUGCGAGAAAGAGAGAGAGAGAGAGACAAGACAAGACAAGACACAACAUAAACCGUAACACCCUUAAAAAGCGAACGCAGUCGAAGGCGAAACCAGAGACGUCAAACCCGAUAAAUGCCAACGCUGCCAAUGUUUCGUGGAUCAUUGGUGGUGAGGUAAGACACGCCGACACCCUU